CCCCCGCGGUGGAGUGCUCCUGCGCAUGCGCGGUGCUCAGUAAGUCUCUGAACAGUUUGAACAGGAAGGCGGACAUGUUGCUCGGGCACUGGGAGAAUUUGUUAUUUUUGAAACAAACAUCGUCGAUUAAAGUCUGAUUUAUCGAUGUUAAUACACCUCACUGGAUUACUGUACGCCUUUAGUGACGUCUAAAACUUGAGAUUUAUCCACAGCGGACACCUUUUUAAUCACGGGAUCCUGAAUGGUUUUUUUUUUAAGUGUUUGAAAUUCUGAAGGCGAAGUUUUUUUUUCUUUUUUUUUUUCCGCCGCUUUUUGCAGCUGUCAGAGUGAUAUGGAUUCAGGCCUGAGAUCAUCACAACUUUACCACUUUACAUAUUAUUUUUAUUAUUAACUUCUCAAUCAUCUAUCUGGCUAUAUAUAUGUCACUUUUAAAAAGUAUAUAUCUAUAUAUUCGGGCGCUAAUUUAAGGCAGCAGCAAGGCUCAAAUCAGUUGCUGGAACUUUUUUUUUUUUCAUGAUUUCUUUGCCAACUUGCCCUGGACUGAUCAGGAUUAAAACUACCUAACUUUCAUUUGUAGACUCUUUCCUGUAAAGAUGCGGAUUUUCGUCGUAUUUCGCUCCUUUCUACGCAGUGACGAGACGGAAAAGCUGAAAAGACAGAAGAAUCCGCUCCUCUGAUCAAAACUCGGACUCUAAAGGAAGUUAGCUAGCUCAGAGCUAGCAGGCUAAACUCAUUAGCUGGCUAGUCGCGAGGAUUAAAACACCAACUGUAUCUAUUUUAAUUUAUCGCAGGAUUGAACUUUAAAAAGAGAUUAUAAAAAUGUCUGCUGGAGAGAGUUUAUCGGCUCGUUUUGAGAAAAUCGAUGCCAUGUUGAAGGAUCCCAAGUCAGAGAUCAACACCGACUGUCUACUGGACGGUUUGGAUGCUCUGGUCUACGACCUUGAUUUUCCUGCCCUGAGGAAGAAUAAGAGCAUCGACAACUUCUUAAGCAGAUAUAAGGACACGAUCGGUAAGAUCCGGGAUCUGCGGAUGAAGGCUGUUGACUACGAGGUGGUGAAGGUGAUUGGGAGAGGAGCGUUUGGAGAAGUGCAGCUCGUGAGACACAAGGCCAGCAGUAAGGUGUACGCUAUGAAGCUUCUCAGUAAGUUUGAGAUGAUAAAGCGCUCGGAUUCUGCGUUCUUCUGGGAGGAGAGAGACAUCAUGGCCUUCGCUAAUAGCAGCUGGGUCGUACAGCUGUUCUACGCCUUCCAGGACGACCGUUAUCUCUACAUGGUGAUGGAGUACAUGCCUGGAGGAGACCUGGUCAAUUUGAUGAGCAAUUACGAUGUGCCUGAGAAGUGGGCUCGCUUUUACACCGCCGAGGUGGUGCUGGCGCUCGACGGCAUCCACUCCAUGGGCUUCAUCCACAGGGAUGUGAAACCUGACAACAUGCUGCUGGACAAAUCGGGCCACUUAAAGCUGGCAGAUUUCGGCACUUGCAUGAAAAUGAACAAGGAUGGUAUGGUACGAUGUGACACGGCAGUGGGAACUCCAGAUUACAUUUCUCCAGAGGUACUUAAGUCUCAGGGCGGAGAUGGCUACUACGGCCGAGAGUGUGACUGGUGGUCUGUCGGAGUUUUCCUCUACGAGAUGCUUGUCGGGGACACUCCGUUUUACGCCGACUCUCUGGUGGGAACCUACAGCAAGAUCAUGAACCAUAAAAACGCUCUGACGUUCCCUGAAGACAGUGACAUCUCUAAAGACGCCAAGAGCCUCAUCUGCCACUUCCUCACCGACAGGGAAGUACGGUUAGGGCGUAACGGAGUGGACGAAAUCAAGCGGCAUUCUUUCUUCAAGAAUGACCAGUGGACCUGGGAGAACAUCCGCGAGACGGCAGCCCCGGUCGUGCCGGAGUUAAGCAGUGACACCGAUACGAGUAAUUUUGACGAUAUAGAGGAGGACCGGGGAGAAGAGGAGACCUUCCCCAUCCCCAAAGCCUUUGUGGGGAAUCAGCUCCCGUUUGUGGGCUUCACCUAUUACAGCGGUCACCAGUUUUCUCGAGGAUCGAGCACAAAAACAAGCAACAAGUGUAACAGCGCUACUAAAGAGGACAAGAGCCAGUUGGAGAAUCUGCUGAAGAAAAUCCACCAGCUGGAGGAGCAGCUUCAUGGAGAGAUGCAACUAAAGGACGAGCUAGAGCAGAAAUGCAGGGCCUCCAACACCAAACUAGAGAAGAUCAUGAAAGAGCUGGAUGAAGAGUGUAAUGUGAGGAAAAGUGCGGAGGCUAGUGUGUCCCUGCUGGAGAAGGACAAGCUGAUGCUGCAGCACAGAACCACUGAGUACCAGAGAAAAGCAGAUCAGGAAGGAGAGAAGAGGCGCAACCUGGAGAACGAGGUUUCCACUCUGAAAGAGCAGCUGGAGAACAUGAGGAAGCUCAGCCAGAACACACAGGCUUCCAGUGAGAAGAUCGUCCAACUGCAGCACCAGCUCGAAGAGGCCAACGACCUGCUGAGGGCAGAGUCUGACACGGCUGCACGACUGAGGAAGAGUCAGACAGAGAUGGCGAAGGCCAUGAGUCAGCUGGAGUCACAGAACGGAGAGCUGCAGGAGAAGAGCCGAGCCGCCGACGACGCCAGGAGACAGCUAGAGAGAGAACUGCUGCAGCUGCAGAACACGCUGGACACUGAGAGACGGACCUGCAGCCAGGGAUCUGAGGAGAUACGUCAACUACAGGCUCGCAUUGCGGGGCUUCAGGAGGACAACAAGAACGUGAAGCAGAGCAUGUCCAAGGUGGAGACAGAAAGAAAGCAGUUACAGGAUAGAAACAACAUUUUGGAGAAGGAGAAGAACAGUAUGGAAAUUGAUCUAAAUUAUAAGCUGAAGAUCCUGCAGCAGCGUUUGGAUCAGGAGCUAACGGAGCACAGGGUCACACGAGCUCAGCUCACCGAUAAAUACGAGUCCAUCGAGGAGGCCAAAUCUGCUGCCAUGCAUGCGGUGGAGCAGAAGGUGUCCGAGGAGAGCGUGCUGCGCCUGCGUGCUGAGAGUCGGGUGGUGGAGGUGGAGAAGCAGUGCUCCAUGCUGGAGUUCGACCUCAAGCAGUCCGUCCAGAAGAUGGAGCAGCUGAUGAAGCAGAAGGACAGACUGGAGGACGAGGUGAAGUCUCUGCGUGUUCAGCUGGAGAACGAGUGCGGGAAACGGGCGAUGGCUCAGAGCGAGCUGAAGAGCUGGAGCGGUGAAGCUGAAAGGCUGAGAGGGACGGAGAAGCAGCUGAAGCAGGAGAUCAACGCGGUGCUGGAGUCCAAACGCUCACUCGAGUUCCAGCUCGCGCAGCUCAGCAAGCAGUACAGAGGGAACGAGGGUCAGAUGAGGGAGCUGCAGGACCAGCUGGAGGCCGAGCAGUAUUUCUCUACGCUGUAUAAGACUCAGGUGAAGGAGCUGAAGGAAGAACUGGAGGAGAGGAACCGUCUGGUGCAGGAGGUGCAGAGGAAGGUGCAGGAGAUGCACAGUGAAAGGGAAUCUCUGAUGGCUCAGUUGGACCUGACGGUGACGAAGGCCGAGUCGGAGAUGCUGGCGAGAGCAUUGCAGGAGGAGCAGUACUUUGAACUGAGCCAGGAGAGCAAGAAGAGUUUAGCACGUCACAAGCAGGAGCUGAUCGACAGGGACUCGACUAUAACACGGCUUGAGGAAUCCAACAAAACUCUGACCAAAGACGUGGAGAAUCUCAGCAAGGAGAAAGGAGAGCUAGACGAGAAGCUCCAAUCUCAGGAAGAAGUGUUUGAAGCCCAGAGAGAAGAAAUUUCAAAUGCCAUCAAGGCCAACUACGAGAAGAUCCUCAACCAGGAACGAACGCUUAAGACACAGGCGGUGAACAAACUGGCCGAGAUCAUGAACCGUAAGGACAUGAAGCUGGACCAGAAGAAGCGCGGCAGCACCACGGACCUGCGCAAGAAGGAGAAGGAGAACCGCAAACUGCAGCUGGAACUCAACCAGGAGAAGGAGAAGUUCAACCACAUGGCCAUCAAAUACCAGAAGGAGCUCAGCGAGAUGCAGGCGCAACUGGUGGAGGAGAGCACGUACCGUAACGAGCUGCAGAUGCAGUUGGACAGUAAAGAAAGCGACAUCGAGCAGCUCCGAGAGAAACUGAAUGACCUGCAGCUGCGCAUGGAGAACACCAGUGUGACCAGUCUGCAGACGGACGAGGUCGACAGCAACACUGCAGAAUCGAGAUUGGAAGGCUGGCUCUCCAUCCCGAACAGAGCCAAUAUCAAACGAUAUGGUUGGAGGAAGCAGUAUGUUGUGGUUAGCAGUAAGAAGAUCCUGUUCUAUAAUGAUGAGCAGGAUAAAGAGCAGUCCAAUCCCUCCAUGGUGCUUGACAUUGACAAACUCUUCCAUGUGCGUCCAGUAACCCAAGGCGAUGUUUAUCGUGCUGAAUCAGAUGAAAUUCCCAGAAUAUUCCAGAUUCUCUAUGCUAACGAGGGUGAAUGCCGGAAGGAUCUGGACCUGGAGGCUAUUCCUCAAGGUGAGAAAUCGAACUACCUAGCUCACAAAGGGCACGAGUUUAUCCCUACACUCUACCACUUUCCCUCAAACUGUGAGGCCUGUGCCAAACCACUGUGGCAUGUCUUCAAACCACCGCCUGCACUCGAAUGCCGACGAUGCCAUGUCAAAUGCCACAAAGACCACCUAGACAGGAAGGAGGACGUCAUCGCGCCAUGCAAAGUGAACUAUGACGUGACGUCAGCACGUGACAUGCUCCUGCUAGCUCUCACCCAGGACGAGCAGAAGAAAUGGAUUGGCCAUCUUGGCAAGAAGAUUCCUAAAACACCUCCAUCUACUUUCUCUCGAGCAUCACCUCGCGCCAUGAGCACUCGCUCGGUAGCUAAUCAGUCGUUCCGCAAAAACCCUAAAAGCAUCUCCGGAAAGUCCAGCUAACCACCUGAAUCUUCUCUUCGAAACAUUGGGACUCCUCAAUUGGGACUUUAUACAUCACCGUUUUAAUAAAUUAAAAAACCUUAAACAAAAGCAUUUAAAGAUUAAAUAAUGGAAUUAACCCUAAAUCACCGUUUCACACUGGGACGGAGAAGCUGGUGGGAAAAGGCUCCUCCUGUCCUCUAGGUGUUUUACACAGCUCGUGAUGGGACCACGCGCUACUCUGAAGGGAACUAUGAUGAUGGGAUUAAAGAUUCUUCAAUCUUUGGGGAAAAAGUCGACUCUAAAUUGGCGACUGCACCGUUCGAAACCUCGGCCUGAUGGACUCUCUCAGCCUUACUGUUCCUGCCGGGCAAUAAAUUAACACGGGGCAAUAAUCAAGACGGAGUACUGGGUACUGAGUAUUAGUUUGUUUUUGUUGUUGUUGUUUUUUUUGAGGAGCAUGCAAGAUCGUUACAAUCUAUGCAUAUUGUUAUUAUAAUAAUUAUUAUUGUUGUUAAAUCCUCCAAGCCGCAGGAAUUCCAUCGGAAUGGCUGAAGGAGCGCUUAAAUUUCAUUGACUUCUUUUGGGUUUUUUUUUUGUUUGUUUGUUUUUCAUCUUCAUUCAUUUGGGUACAUUAUUUCUGAAAUGUUUUCUCUGUAAUGUUUUAUAACUGUUUUUUUGGUAAUGUAUUGCCUUACUUUUGAUUCUAGAUGAAUGGUUGAAAAAAGGAAGAAGAAAAAAACACAGAAACAUUAAGUUAACAAAUGUAAAACUGCACUGCUUGAAUUGUAAGUUAUUUGUAGAAGACUAAAACAGGUGUAGCAUUCAGCCCACCUAGUGCCUUACCGACUUUUGAGACCGAUUUUUACUGCCAUAUCUGUUUGUGUUCCUCUUCAAAAUGUUAAACCCUAACUAUUGUUCUUUUUAAGGAAAAAAAAAUACGAUGUGUAUAUCAUCCACCUUGUGGUUUUAUCAGGGCGGUCCGUCGCGUGUCGAACGCGUUCGUUCACUAGAAUCUCCAGGUUUCGUGUUUUGCGAUUGAGACGGUGCUCUCGGACGGAGCGGACGCUGGGAUUAGACUCGUGUCCGUAUUAAUCUUUUCAUAAACUCUGAGAUAUUAUUAAGCUUUCCUGGAAAGUUUGUUCCUCCAUUGUGCGUGUUGUACGCUAGAAGUAAGAGUCCUAACGAGGCUAAAAUUGGAAAUCAUGGCCUUUAUUAGAGUUUAAAGAAGCUAUAACCGAUCCCGGAUCAUCUUACUGUCAGUCCCUGUCUCGCAGGUUGCCAUGUUGUACACAAAUGAGCAUUAUCCUGUGCUGGCAACUCGUUAAGAGUGACCGACGUCCCUGGGUUUACAGAGGCGGAGUCAAGUUGAACUCAAUCAAGUCAUAUGACAUCAUCACCGCUAUUCUUUCAUUCACUUCUUAAGCUCAACGCUGUGUAUGGAAUAAAAAAAAUGCUAGUUUUAAUUACACCGUAUAAAAAACUAAGCUAGUUAGCUAGUCAAACACUUCAUUCAGCUCAUGUUUAACUAGUUAGCUAACGUUCUGCUAUUAAUUAGCCGAAUUCAGUAGUUUAGACUAUUAUAUUAAUACUAUGUCAUUAGUAUGAGUAGCUAAGUGUAAUUAAAUCCAGCAUCGAGCCAAAGAGGAGAGAAGCGUUGGGGAUGAUGUCAUAGGUUUCUGAUUGGUCGAUCAAAUUGAACUCCGCCCAUUUUAAGCUCUGGACGCCUUUUACUCAAGGAAAAUCCGAACAACGCUAAUCUCAGUGCGAAACUGGAAGAGAGUUCUCGCUGACUGUGUACGAGUUCCAUCGUCUCCGUCAUACGUUGUACACCCGCCCCCCGCUUUUCCUGGACAAAGUCUCGUUGGGUUUUUUCCGCCCGGCGACAGGCGAGACAGAGAUCAUAGAUACCUCCUCAGUUAUUCGCUACGGUUUUUAGGUUAUGUGUUCAGUUAAAUGAAGCACUGGAACUAUGGUGGCUAUCUACUCGGAUGAACUGCAUGAUUAAUUUGGUUUGGAGGCCACAGUGAUGGAUGUGUGUCAAUAAACAUUAUCUUUAUCACCUACACAGACUGUUCCUCCCCUGUGUGUGUGUGUGUGUGUGUGCACUGCUUCUGGAAGUGUGUAUUCGUUGCACAAGGAGACGAGGGUGUAGAGCAAAUUUUUCUAGGAAAACUACAUGGGACCUCAACCACAAGAAUGUUUUUACACUGCAUCAACUCACUGUAACCAGCCAGAACCUUAAUUACUAGACCAUGUCUCUGUCUCUCGGUCACUGUCUUUUUCCUUUGUCUCGCUCUCUCUGUCUUGCUGUCUUAUUCAUUCUAUUGCUCUCUUUGUUUCUCUCUGUCUCCUUUUGUCACUCUCUCUACACUGCAAAAAAAUGGCACAUCAGGAAGUGCAAAUAUCUUAAAAAAAAUAUAUCAAGAUUUCUCUCUCUCUCUCUCUCAGCCAGCAGCCAAUCAGAGCAAAACUCUAUCCUGAUUUGUUAAUCUCAGAACCCAGAGUAAAUGGACAGGAGGUGGAGCUUAACACAGUUUAUUUAAAAAAAUACAAGUCUCAUUUAGUGAUGUUCUUAGAAAUAACUUUACUGUCCUUCCUGCUUCUGUUUAAUCCAUUUAAUUUUUUUUUUUUAUUAUUUAAUGUCUAAUUUCAUGUGUAAGCAUCACCAGGACAAGCAAACCUGGAUAAUAAAUGUGUAAACAAAUUCUUCUUAUGAUGGUUAGAUAUAAUGCACAGCUCUAUUAAUAAACUAGCUAGGAAUGUAGCUAAAGUCUCGCUGUACAGAUGGAAAUACUCGAGUAAAGCCCAGUGUUAGGAGUAUGAAAAUGUUUUAAAUUUUAAUAUGCCACUGUUUUUGAAGAGGAUGUUGCAUAAUCAGAUCACAGUGCAUUCUGGGUAUUUGGGUAAGUAUGAUAUGGAGAGGUUUUCUGUAAGGAGAUGUUUAACAUGUAUGGAAGGAGUCUCCAGUGUCAGAGGUGAAGCUGUAACGUUACGUUUUCCCGCAUCUUCAGGACAGAGGAGUUUACGCUUCAUUGUGGUUUCUCAGUAACACGACAAGCUGCAUAUUUUUAUCUUAUUAACUUCAAGAGAGAAUAGACAGAGGGAAUAAAGAGUGAGAAUAGAGAGAAUGAAGAGAAUAGAGGGAAUAAAUAGAAUAGAGAGAGAGAAUAGAGAGAAUAAACAGGCGGG